UUUAACUAAAAAGCUCUUUCUCUGUAGGGAUCCAUCCCAUAAUGUUAAAGGUAAGAAUGCUGAAUACUGGUGGCAUAAUCUCUGUCUUUAAACCCUUCAAAAAAUCCCCUGAAAAUCAGUUAUGCUACCCCCACGAUGCCACAGCUUCCUGCUGCAGAAGGCUGUCUAAGGGUGAACAAGUUUCACAUCCGGUUGUUAAGCGCGUGUUGAAACUUCCUCGGUAUUUGUGGUUAAGAUCAUCGCGUCUUACAUGCAACAUUAUCACCUUGUGAAAGAGGAAGUGCCCUUCUCUUUUCUCUCUCUCUCUGUCUCUCAGCGGACGACGAAGUACUUUCAGAGCAGAGCGGCGCUCUUAGCGUCUCGGUCGGUUCUCUCGUUCUUUGGUUUCUGGUGUCUGAUCAUGGAUCUGCGUUGGGUGAUCCUCCCGGUGUUUAUGGUGUUAGCUGAGGACGAGAACGUGACCGUAGUCAAGGCAACGCUGGGACAAAAUGCCAUCUUUACCUGCUCGGUGGACAUUAAAGACACAUACUGGUACAUAGAGAUUAGCAGCCAGGUCAAAGGAUUUAUCGCCCAGACCUACUCAAUGGAUCCCAAGGAUACCUGGUAUGACAUUCAUACAACUUUGAAAACCAAAUAUGUUGCCAUGGGAAACAUACUUGAGAUUACAAACAUCACAGCAGAGGAUUGCCGGCUUUACUUCUGUGCCAGAAAGAAAGAUGCCAACAUCAUUUUUAAAGACACGUUUCUCCUUAUUUCAGAUGAUCCUAUAACUCCGUCCACCAACAACAACACUGAAGGAAACGACCAACAGCAGCAGAACAGCUGCAUACUGUGCCAGAGUGAAGUCAUUUACAGCUCGUUGGCACUGAAUAUCCUCUUCAUCUUAGCGAUAAUAGGUUUGGUUUUAACUCUUCUGUGUUUGAAGAGGAAGAAGUGUAACCGUCAGGAGACUGAUCCGUCAUCUUACAUCUAUGAGAACCAAGAGACUGUGGAGACGCCGCAGUAUGAAGAGAUCCAGCUCAGAAACGUGCCACCAGCUGUUGCUUCUUCAGAGUGUAUAUACCACAAAGUUCAGCUGCCUCAGUCCACACUGCCUACUCCACACCCCUGAAACCUGCACGGUACCACUCACCUGUAGUAUGCACACCCCUGAAACCUACACGGUACCACUCACCUGUAGUAUGCACACCCCUGAACACUGCACGGUACCACUCACCUGUAGUAUGCAAACCGCUGAAAGCUGCACGGUACCACUCACCUGUAGUAUGCACACCCCUGAAAGCUGCAUGGUACCACUCACCUGUACUGUAGUAUGUUUGACUGGUUGUUUUGGACUUGAAACUAUGAAGAUCAUGAACUCUUCAAGCGCAUCAACGCACAGAAAGACUUCUACUUGAGCCACAAGAAAACGUGGAAACCUGACGAAUUGUUUGGGUUGUCCAUGAUCUUUGAAAGACUGCCUUCAACACUUCUUUUAAUUUAUGUAUGUGUUUGUAGUUUCUUUCUUCUGUUCAGUUGUUUGCACCUGAAGACUACAUGUUGCAGUUAUGUAACGCCGGGAACUCGCCGCUCGUCUGGUAUGAACAGCCAGACGCUCGAUCGGGCACAAAUCUACGUUUCACGGCUAUUCGCGGCACUUCAGCAGGCAGUGUGUUCCUGGUGUCAGAAGGUUUGAAAACUAGUUAGCAAGCGUGCACCAAAGUCUAAAGACUAAACUGCUGAAAUAAGUAUCUUAAACUGCUGAAAUAAUUAGCUUAAACUGCUGAAAUAAGUAGCUUAAACUGCUGAAAUAAUUAGCUUAAACUGCUGAAAUAAUUAGCUUAAACUGCUGAAAUAAGCAGCUUGUCUUGAUUUUGGCUCCUUAAACCUGAUCAGGAAUACAUAGGUUUUGGUAAGAUGUAAUGUGGCUGAGCUACAGUUUAUGAUAAUUUUGAUUGUACUGUUACUUGUUUGUAAUUUAUUAACAACUUCAAGCUGUGUAUUUGUGUUUGUAUGUGUUUCUUUCUUCAGUUCGGUUGUUUGCAGAUGAUGAACUCUUUAAUGUUUACGAUCACAUAAAAAUUGUAUCCACUUUUUUGUGUUUUCAUAUAAAUUAUUUAACAUUCAGUUUGUCCUGAUGUACAUUCCUUAAAUGCCCCCAAACUGAUUCUGCCAAGAGACUUUUGUUCAAUGCUUUUACCUGUGUAACAGAGAGGAUAUCCUGCCUGUAAGACGCAGACUGGCUGCUUUGAGGUUGAGACAAAAGAAUAAAUGUGUUGAUGCUUCUGGAGACUUUCGGUUGAAAGGUUUGCAGAAGAUUAAACAAAAGAA